ACUUUUUUGCUUGAAACUUUGAAUAUUGAACAUUUCCUCAUGGCGCUAUCAUCUGGCGUUUUAAUUUUUUAUUCCCUUUUUGUUGUUUCGUGUCUUUCUUGGUGUUCUACUUGAGUUGUCAACCCUUAUUACAGGGCAGGCGUUGGCGCUGGUCUUUUUUGUUUAUCCCAUUUCUUUGCUUCAUCUUUAUUUUUAUGUCUCAUAAUCUCAUGGUAUUUUCGAGAUGGAUGCGGUAAAUUGUAUGCAAGCAGAUUGGCUAAAGGUUGCCUACGUUGUGUUUGCUUUUUGUUCUGCUCUAUUUCUCGGCGCUCUUAAAGGUUUUCUUGUUGGGCCUAUUGCUGCUUUGAUACUGAUAAUAGGAAAUUUGGGGGUCAUCCUUGGAUUAUUGCCUGCACAUAUUGCAUGGACUGUAUGCACAAUCAUAAGGUGUGAUAGAUUGGAUGCACCCCUUAAAGUUGCUAUAUUGAUUGGUUUGCCUGCUUUAUUCGGUAUAUGGUUGGCUUUAAGCAUAGCUGGAACUGUUAUUGGUGGGGUUUGCUAUGGCUUCUUCACUCCUUGGGUUUCAUCUUUUGAAGCCUUCAGACAUGACAAUGAGUCCAAGAGAUUCUUUCAUUGUGUUGUGGAUGGAACAUGGGACACUGUCAAAGGAAGUUGCACUGUGGUCAGAGAUUUCUAUGAUUUAUGUUUUUAUUCAUAUCCACUGUACCUAAAGGAACUACGUGAAUCCCCUGUCUCCAAUGACCUCCAAACUCUACGGAUGAUUCACGUGCCGGAGCUUAUCGUUGUCGGAUUGUUGGGACUAAUCGUUGAAAUUCCCUUUUACACUGUGAUCGCCAUAGUUAAGAGCCCAUACAUGUUAUUCAAGGGAUGGUUUCGACUAUCGCAUGAUCUCAUUAGCAGAGAAGGACCAUUCCUUGAAACAGUAUGCAUUCCUAUUGCUGGUUUGACAAUCCUCUUGUGGCCGAUCGUCGUCGUCGGGAGCAUAUUAAUGGCUAUAUUUUCAAGCUUCUUCAUCGGAUUGUACGGAUCAGUCAUCGUAUAUCAGGAAAGAUCAUUCAAGAGAGGGGUUGCAUAUGUGAUUGCAAUGGUUGCUGAAUUUGAUGAGUACACAAAUGAUUGGCUUUAUCUCAGGGAAGGGACAAUAUUUCCAAAGCCUUUAUAUCGAAAGAAAAAUGGAUCAGAAAUAGAGCAUUCAGUAGGAGGACUGGGUGGGAAAUUCAGUUCAACAUCGGGUGAACCACCUGCAAUGCUUAUGCCCGCCUUAGCUCGUUCUGUAUCAGUUAGAGAGGCAAUCAAGGAAGUCAAAAUGGUUCAGGUAUGGUCGAACAUAAUGAAAUCAUGUGAAAUAAGGGGGAAGGAACUAUUGGAAGCAGAAGUAAUAACUUCAUUAGAUCUGUUAGAAUGGUUGAAGGCAAAGAAUGGUAACGAAGCAGCCAUUAUCGAUGUUGGGCUCCCCUGUUACAGUUUCUUGCAGACUCUCCUCACUUCCAUCAGAUCGGGUUCUAAUGGUUUGUUAAUGAUGGAUGAUGUUGAGGUCAACCAUCUGAACCGACCAAAAGACAAGAUCCUAGACUGGUUCUUUAACCCAAUCAUGGUCCUCAAAGAACAAAUCAGGGUCAUUGACCUCGGACACAACGAGGUUAAGCUGUUGGAGAAGAUGGUUCUUUUUGGCACCAAUACUCAACGCAUGGAUGCUUGGCACAAUGGUAGUUCCGCCCCUCAAGAUUCUCUCAGAGCUGCUCAAAUUGAAGGCAUAAGUAGAAGGAUAAUUGGAAUGGGGAGAAGUAUGUCGAAAUUACCAACUUAUAGAAGGAGAUUUCGACAAGUCGUGAAGGAUUUGAUUGCACAUGCUUCGGAAAAACAGGGCAUUCCUUUAUGUAAUUCCAUUAGAUCAAACUCAAGCCAUGAACAAGUGUAGGACUAUAGCUUUACAGCCAUUGCAUUGCAUGUAUAAUUUACACUUAUUUGAAAAAUGUAG